AAACCGGCAGUCAAGCUUGCUUUAAAUACAGUCCGUUUCGAGAGCUGUUCGUAAAAGUAUAUAAACUUACUGAAGUUGUUAACUAAUUACUAAAAUAAUAAUUUUUAUUCUUCUGAAAUUACUGCUCCUAACAUACCGGUAUACUAAAAAUGAAGAUUCAAAUCUCCUUAAUUGCAUUGUUAAGUGUGGCCACAGUUAGUGCGCUGAGUCUUGAGGGCUUCAAGUGUGGCGAUCACGUUAUAUUGACUGGCGAUCCUGCGGCGCCAAUACGUACGGUACAAAUCUGUGGUGUUAAAGACUAUGCUGGGGUGACAAGCUAUAUUGACUAUAAAACUGCGUCGGAGAUAGGGCAACCUUCGGCGGUUCGGAAUAGCUAUGUAAAGAGUUUAAAUCAAGCCAGGCCGUUAUCUUCGUCUUCUUCAUCUCAACUUAAAUCGAACGAAAAUCAACAACAGCAACUUGCUUCAGCAAUCCGCCAAUCGUUGCCAAUAUUAAAGCGAUUUUAUGAAACAUCGAAGUAUGCUUCCAGCAAGGACUCAAGCAGUUUAAUAGAAAAAUAUCAAUCGUUGCAAAAUAAACUAAAUGCAAUUGCUGAGGAGGCGUCACAGACAAAGCGUUCCGUCGAAGAACUCGCCACUUUGGUGAAGAAUAUAUUUGAUAUUUUGCUGGUACAAAAUGUAAAUACGAAAAAGGAGGGAAAUGUUGAAAUGAACCUGAAUUUGGGACCCACACACGAAGAUUUACUGAGAAAAUUUCUGCAACUGCCUGCAAUAGAUGCGCACACAGAGCAACCCGUAAAUGUUCACACGACAGUAUCCACAAAAGUUUCUAAUAAAAGUAAUUCAGAAGAAAAUAAUACGGAAGAGCGUGAUAGUACUGAGGAGACCACCGAGGAUUAUGAUAGUUGGAUUCGUUUGCAUUUCGGACCAGCGACAACGCCACGAGCUGUAGCUACGAAAAAAGAUUCCGACGAGUACUCUUACGAUGGGAGUUCGGAAGAGCGUUUACAACAGUAAUGCUGUGAUUUUAGACUAAGUGUGCAUUUGCAGCGAGCGCUAAGGAAAAGGAACCUAGAGUAGAUUAUACAUAUAUUUAUAACCUAAAAUUAUUGAAAAUAUCCGAAACAUGUAUGAAUAUGUUUUUCCAACGAAAGAGCCAACCAAAAAAAAAAAUUUUAGUUUUCCAUGAGUUUUAAAAAUAUUAUACCAAUCACUUCUAGUGCUAAGUAAGGAUAAUUAAAUUAUUUUUAUUUAGUUUUAGAUUACAACAUUUUAAAUCUGGCAGCUGCUAUAGCGUCCUACUAUACACUACUUACUAAUACAUUUAGUAUUGUAAUAAAUAUUGACUUAUUUUUAGAAAUA